AUGCAAUUGAAACGAUCAUCUGGAAUAUUGCUACAUAUAACAUCACUACCAUCAUCAUAUGGAAUUGGUGAUGUUGGUCCAGAAGCUUUUAAAUUUAUUGAUUUUUUAGUUGAAACAAAACAAAAAUUGUGGCAAACAUUACCUAUAUAUCCAAUCAAUUCUCCAUCACCGUAUUCAAGUUUAUCAGCAUUUGCAGGUAAUUCAUGGUUAAUAUCACCAGAUAAAUUAUUAGAAGCUAAUUUAAUAUCAAAAGAUGAUUUAAAAUCAAUUGAUCGAUCAAAAUUUAACAAUGCAUAUUCUUCAGAAAUUUUAAAUGAUUUUUUUCAACGUGAAAAAUAUUGGAUUGAUAAUUUUACAUUAUUUAUGACAAUCAAAGAAAAAUAUAAAAAUAGUACAUGGUCCGAUUGGCCUGAACCUUUACGUCGUCGUGAACAAACUGCAUUACAAAGGAUUCGUAAACUCAAAAAAGAUCGUAUAAAAUAUUAUUUGUUUGUUCAAUAUAUAUUUGAUCAACAAUGGAAUGACUUAAAAAAAUAUGCAAAUGAUUCUAACAUAAAAAUAAUUGGUGAUAUUCCUAUGUAUAUUGAUUAUGAUUCAGUUGAUGUUUGGGCAAAUUCUCAUAUAUUUCAAUUAGAUCACAAUGAUACCAUGAAACCAACUGUUAUAGCAGGUGUUCCACCUGAGCAUAAAUCAGAUAUACUACAAAAUUGGAAUAUGCCAAUCUAUGAUUGGAAUAAUAAAAAUGCUAGACAAGAUUUAUUUGAUUGGUGGAUAAAACGUUUACGUAGAACAUUGUCAAUUGUUGAUUUAGUUAGAAUUGAUCAUUUUCGUGGUCUAGAAUCACAUUAUGUUAUGCCAGUUGAUAUUGAAACACAAGAACUAAAUAUUUCACAAGCACAUUGGGUUAAAACACCUGGCCAUGAAUUAUUGACAGCUGUAACAGAAUCACUUGGUUCAGAUAUUCCAUUAAUUGUGGAAGAUUUAGGUAAUGUUACACCAGAAGUAUUUGAAUUACGUGAUCGUUUUCAAUUAUUUGGCAUUAAAAUUUUACAAAUGGGAUUUUAUCAGGAUUCAGAUAAUAUUUAUUCUCCCCAUAAUUAUAUUCCAAGUUCAAUUGCAUAUACAGGUUUUUAUCGUAUUAUUUUGAUUAUAAAUAGGACAACUACUUUUACAACUUUAUAA